UUAUACCAAAGUUGCAGUAAAAUUAGCAUUUGUACUGUUUAGCGCUGAUAAUAUUUUAAUCCGAGUUCGUAUAUUUCCGUUUGUUUAAGAUUAAAGACUCUGCAUCAUUUAUUUGUAUUUUCUUUAGGUUAAGUGAGAAGUCGUGUACAUUUCCUACUUUUCUGAAAAAUACAAACAAUGAAUAUGGAUAACACAGUUAAGAAAAGCAUAGGAGAGCUUGCAGGGUCGUUCUGGUGCUCAAGCCGUUUUGCCCUAAUCAUAAUGGGCUUCUUUGGGUUCCUAACCUUUACGCUUUGCGCGUAGACAUGAGUGUGGCAAUCGUGUGUAUGACAAGACCUGAGGGACAAACUGCUUUGACACCCAACACAAGCAAAUCAUGUAGUUUUGCUGAUUGGAAUGUUUCACAAUCAAAUCUGACAUCGGAAUGUGAUAUACCAGAGAUAUCAAAACUAGAUGACAGAUUUGACUGGGACAAAGAAACUCAAGGAUUUAUACUCGGUUCCUUCUUUCUUGGGUAUGUACUAACACAAUUGCCAGGCGGUUGGUUGGCGGGAAGGUAUGGCGGGAAACACUUGUACGGAUGGAGCAUGUUUGUAUGCGCUGUUGCAACAUUACUCACGCCAUUAGCGGCACGGACAAAUGUUGCUCUGCUUAUAGUUAUGCGUGCCGUUGCUGGAAUAUGUCAGGGUGUGGUCAUUCCAUGUAUGCAAACGUUGCUAUCUUAUUGGAUUCCUCCUUUGCAACGGAGUACAUCCGUUGGUUUCGUCUAUGCUGGAACUCAAGUUGGCGUAAUGGUAGCAUUUCCCCUCUGUGGUGUCUUAUGUGUCGAUGGUUUCGAUGGGGGCUGGCCUAGUAUAUUCUAUGUAUUAGGUUGUCUUGGUAUAGUAUGGUUUCUAGCUUGGAUGUAUGUGGUGUCUGACUCGCCAGUGUCACACCCCAGGAUUUCUGAGAACGAAAGAGAAUACAUUGUAGACACGCUUAAAUCGGAGUUAGAUAUAAGUAAAAAGUCCUCCAGUACGCCAUGGUCAAAAAUAUUUACAUCACUACCUGUGUGGGCAAUCAUCGUUACUCAUACAUGUGCUGAGUGGGGAGCAUACACGUUUUUGACCAACAUCCCGAGUUAUAUGGAAGACGUUUUAAAGUUUGAUAUCAAAAAGGCGGGAUUUCUUGCUUCUCUGCCGUACCUUGGAUUCUGGGCAGUUACGAAUAUUUCGGCUCAUCUUGCUGACUGUCUACGAAAACGAGGCUAUAUUUCAACUACUACAGCAAGGAAAAUUUUCAACAGCAUAGGAAACAUGAUUCCAGCAAUAUUUAUUGUUAUAAUGGGAAAUGUUGCCGACGACCCAGGCAUUGCAGUUGCCAUGUUGACUUUGGGUGUGGCUAUGUCCGGUUGCCAGUACGGCAGUGGUUUUAUAGUAAACCCAGUGGACAUUGCACCAAGAUACGCUGGGAUAAUUCUGGCAAUUUCGAACACAACCGGUUCACUCGGAGGUUUCUUUGCACCACUUGCUAUUGGAAUUAUAACAGUAGAUAAAACACGAGAGCAGUGGAAGACAGUAUUCUAUAUUGCAGCCGCAGUCUACGCAUUUGGUGCAAUAUUUUAUGCCAUAUUUGCUUCGGGUGACUUACAGUCUUGGGCUCGGGAUGAGACAGAUAAUCGCGUGAUUGAAAUCCAGGAUGAAACGACGAAGUCUGAAGUGAAAAAUAUUGAAGAGGAAACAACACAUUUGUAGAUUGCAGUAUGGACAAUAUCCUAUGAUAUGACUGAAAGUCAAUGAACGACCAGUACUUUCUUGAAACAGACGCGAGUUUAAAAUCUGUACAAAUCUUUUGAUGCAUUAUGCUGUUUCAACUGUUGCAAAAGCUGACUAUUUUAGAACGUAUGAAUAUAUACAUGUGUAUGUAACGUAUAACGGAUGCAUUCAAGUGAAAUAUUACAACAGCUGUAAUGGUAUUACUAUAUUAAUGGUGUUGAUACUUGUAUUAUGCAUUCUGGUAUACUUAUUGGUGAUAUGGUAGCUAAGUGCUUUACGUAGAAUAUACUAUCAAACUAUAAAAAGGAUAAUUUGUUUAUAUGAUAAGGAAUGUAUGUCAGAAUCAAUUCUCUACUCCCUGACAUGUCAACACUAUACUGGACUGAAAAUAUUCCAUUAGGACUUUAAAGGAAUAAAGACAGUUUAAGACAGGUGUUA